GGGGUAUUUGAGGAGGGGGGCGAACAAGGCGGUCGUCCGGCGCCGGCAGCUGCCUCCCGACCGGACGUCUGUCUCCGUGCUCGCCGUCUCCGGCCGUCCGGAGGUCUGAUACGGUCGGUUUAUUGCCGACUGGUAUCGGCGCCACAUCCCGGGGCGGUGUCUGGUCUGCCCCGCGCUGUGACUGUCUCCUUGGCUCCCGGGCGGUUAUUGCCCCGGCUAUCGCCCGCCGUAUUGUGCGGGGAGGGGCGGCGGGUUGGUCGGCCGGCCGCCCUGCCGCGUCCUUCCCUGAGGCCGUACCUGUCGGCGGCACCUCUGAGAACAGCGCCACCCGGCCGGGCCGGCAGCCUGCAGAGGCCGCGCCGCGCAGAUAGUGGCCGAACUGCCCCUGAGGAGGACCUCCCCGCAGCUCCCCCGAUCCGCUGACGCCAUGGUGACCCGCGUGGGGUGCAUAGGGGCCGGCUACGUUGGCGGUCCGACGUGCGCCGUCAUCGCCCUCAAAUGUCCCGACAUUCGCGUCACUGUAUGUGACAUGAACCCGACACGCAUUGGCCAGUGGAACUCGGAUAAACUGCCAGUCUUUGAGCCGGGUCUGGACGAGAUCGUUCAGAAAUGCCGCGGUGUCAACCUGUUCUUCACCACCGACGUCGUGGCCACCAUCCAGGAGUCUGAGGUGCUCUUCAUCUCGGUCAACACGCCCACCAAGACCUACGGACACGGAAAGGGUCGGGCAGCUAACCUCAAAUACGUCGAGUCUGUGGCUCGGGAGAUCGCCAAGGUUGCCCGCGGCAACAAGAUCGUCGUGGAGAAGAGCACCGUGCCCGUCAAGUCGGCUCAGAGCAUCGCCGACAUUCUGAAGGCCAACCGGAACAGUCAGAACAAGUUCCAGGUGCUGUCCAACCCGGAGUUCCUAGCCGAGGGUACCGCCAUUGAGGACCUGCUGAACCCGGAUCGGAUCCUGAUCGGCGGCGAAGACUCCCCCGACGGCUGGAAGGCCAUCGAGACGCUGUCAUCUGUGUAUAAACGCUGGAUUCCGGCCGACCGCAUCAUUACUAUGAACACCUGGUCAUCGGAACUCUCCAAACUGGUGGCUAACGCGUUUCUGGCGCAGCGCAUCUCGGCCAUUAACGCCGUCUCGGCGGUGUGCGAGGCGACGGGCGCUGACGUCGGUCAGGUCGCGCUGGCUGUCGGAAAGGACAGCCGCAUCGGACCCCGCUUUCUGCAGGCCUCAGUUGGCUUCGGCGGUAGCUGUUUCCAGAAGGAUAUAUUGAAUCUGGUCUACAUAUGUGAGAGCCUCAACCUGCCGGAAGUGGCGGAAUUCUGGCUGAACGUCGUGUCUAUCAACGACUACCAGAAGCAGCGUUUCGCUAAGCGGAUAGUCAACUGUCUCUUCAACACGGUGUCCGGCAAGCGGAUCGCCAUCAUGGGGUUCGCCUUCAAGAAGAACACAGGCGACACACGCGAGUCGGCGGCCAUCUACGUAUCUGCGCACCUGUUGGAGGAGGGCGCCCGACUCGCCGUCUACGACCCCAAGGUGGAGGCUGACCAGGUGACUCGUGACCUGAACAAUGUGACCGGCACGCCGGAUGUGGUGCGAGACCAGGUGGAGGUGUGCUCCGACCCGUACGAGGCGGCCCGCGGUGCGCACGCGCUCGUCAUCUGCACUGAGUGGGAUGUCUUCCAGACACUGGACUACGCCAGAAUAUUCGCCGGCAUGCCCAAACCCGCGUACGUGUUCGACGGCAGGAAGAUCCUCGACCACGAGAAGCUGACCAAAAUCGGGUUCGAGGUGGAGACGAUCGGUAAACGUGUGCGAAACGUCUCCCAGUCCCACCCCGCCGCCAUCACCAACGGAGCGGGUAGCGGGGACGGUGCCACCGGACUGGACUCGUGUGAAGACGCCACCGGUCCGGACUCCGAGAUGACCUUAUAACCGACUCCGCAUCUACCACGGGAUCACCUAGACGGCGCGAGACUGUGUGCCUUGACACCGGGGGAAGCGCUGCUGGCCCGGGCGCCUCAGCACCAGGGGAAAGGCCGCUGGCCUCUGAACUGGAGGCCUGAGCUCGGUGCUGACCUCGGGAAAGGCAAAAGGGAGGUCAAAGGCAGACACGGGAGCACUAGGCCGCGCAGGAACGGUUGGGUGUUAGUAUUACGGCUCACAGAAUUUGGUGUGCCUCGUGGUGUGCUAGCCUCAAGCCUGUGUGUUCACGAUGAAGGCGGUGCCUUAUAGAUAUAGCUGAUGCGCUGCACGGCCCGAUGGAUCAGGGUGGAUUGGCGAUUGCACAACAGAGCCAUCUAUCGACAGCGGUCAGAAACUGCGCUUCUGGCGCCGCUCGAGAAACGAUGGAGGGUAAUGUGUUCUCUUUGUCCUAAAGUGCACUCUGUUAAGUUAGCUUUACAUUCACGGAUGGAUGGCUGUAUGUUAAGGAUAUAUUUAUGAACGUGGUUGGGCAUUUCGAGAGAGCCUCGCUGGCCUUCGCUGUUCUUCGAUCGCUGAGACUGGCCCUCCCGUAGGUGACAACUGGCAGUAGGCAAUGGGCAUUAAGCACGGGCCUGAGUUGAGCACAGGCACGGGCCAAGAGCGAUAGGACGGGCGCGAAGGUGAGAGUGUGAGCGAAUGCGUUCGGGCUGUCGGGUUCUCACAUACACCAGCACAUGUUGUGAAAGCACGGGUGUGCGUUAGUAAAAUGUCCCAUCAUGCCAUCGACUCAAGUGCCUUAAUUUAUCGCGCGCCCUUCGCGUUAUUCGUACAUUCCUUGAGAUUUUGUUAGCCAUCAUUUUAAUUAUGUUGCUUCUCUUUAUGGCAUACCCCUAUUUUAUAUAAAUGCUUCUUUUAUAUGUGUGAUAAAUAAAAGACAUCCGCGGAAGUGCA